UGCCCUCCAAUCAGAUUAGGUCGUCGAGAGCCAACGUCACUUCCGCUCCGGGCGCUGAGCAUCGUGGGAAGUCGGUGCUAUGGCUGUUGGUGGAAGUUGUGCCGGGGUCCGGGAGCUGGGCUCUGAUGUACUCCUACACCCGGAGCUGCUCUCCCGGGACUUCCUGCUGCUCUCACUGGGCCAGAAAAAUAUUGAGGUGAAAGAGGCAUUAAAUGACAAAGAACGACUGACCGAAAUCUUUGUCCAACAUGCAAUGCCUCUGCCUCAGAGAGCAUUGCCAAAGAGUCGCUGGGGGAAGCUAAUGGAAAGCAAGAGAGAACAGAAUAAAGUAACAGAACCACAAACGAAAAGUGUCAGUUGUGAGGGUGUAAGAAAACGACCACUUAUUGUGUUUGAUGGGAGUUCAACCAGCACUUCAAUAAAAGUGAAAAAGACAGAGAAUGGUGAAACUGCCCAGCGACUACAGCCCUCUUCUAUGGAGAGUACAAAUACUGGAUCGAGGAACAUAGGAUCCCCAACUAGCCCUCCACCUCAUGUUUGCUACUCCAAUCUUAAUAGGCCGGCCAAAUUUAACACAGUCAGUAAUAAUGGUCAUCCUGAAAACACAGUACAGUCUGAUAAAACACUUGGAUCACAACAAUCAACAACAGGGACAGCUGUAAAAAUAAAAAGGGUUGCUCCAAAAGAUGAACCUGAAGUGACAAAUGACUUGAAGCCUACGGAAGCAAAGAAGAAGGUUAUUCAGCACGUGACCUGGCCUUGACAUGUCUACUUUGUCCAAGGCACAAAGACGCCAAUCAUUGACUUUAUUAUUUCAUCUUCUAGAAGCUGGUCAUGAAGGUUUUAGACCUAAACUAUUUCCACAGGAGCACCUUUUUAAUAUUUUUAUAUGUAUAAUCCUGGCCAACUGGUAAUGGUGCAUGAAUUGAUGUAGAACAGUGUUACUCAACUGAAGAUUCUUGAAGAAAAGAGAACAUUUUUAAGAGAAGAUUAAGACAUCCUCACGUUCAUGUACUUUAUAGAUCUAUGUAGAACUUAUUGAUUAUACAUGUUUCAUCAUGGCCAAAUACAUUUCUGAAGGUAAGUUUAGGUACACUGCUCUCCAUAAACAUUCUUACAGGAGGGAAUGGUCUUAGAUUUUAGUAAAUAGAUGACAUGACUAUCUAUAUUAUUUAUAUUAAAGGGAAUUUGGAUUGCUGUGGCUUAUGCACUACUUGAUCUCACUCCCUCCCUCCCUGAGACUGACUGUUUUAAAGUACUUCUGCUGUAUUUGGGGUGCCACUUUGUCUCUCCUGAAGCUCAAAGAACAGAAAUAAACACAUGGACUCUUCACAUUUUUGUAGCUUUGUUUAAAAGUUUUAAUCCAGUAUUGUGGAUGUUCCUUGUGUAUGGAUUGCACACAUUUUAUCCUGUAAGAGGUGUGUUUUAUAAUUAAUGUUAACUGCCAAGUCAGUGCACAUUGUUAUUAAUAGCAUUUCAUUAAGAUUAUUUGUAAUAUUAAUUGUCAAAUCUGUGUUAUCUUAUCAAUGGGUGUUAUAUGAUGGAUGGGCAACAUUUGACCUAGUGGAUGAAAAAGUUGAUUGAGAAAGAUUGUUAAACAUUUAUUUAAAUCAAGUACCAUUAAACACAGAUUAUUUUUUUUGCCCACCUACCCUGUGCUAUAUAACUGUCUAAUAUAUAAUAAUAUAAAAGCCGUCUUUGUUUCAUGCAUAGGUUCCUCUUGGCUCAUCAGUAUUGACUUUUUCAUCUAAACCACCUUUUAUCAGCGGAUCUUGUUCUGAAUAGUGUAUCCCCAUAUCCUAUAAGCAGGUCUCAAAAUUCCAAGUCCAAUGCUGCUAGACAAAAGUUACUUGUUCGUUUUGUAGCUUGCAAUGGUUUCAUAUAAACAAAAUAAAUAAACCCAACCCAAACAA